UUCACGAAUUAGUCAUGGUGGUUGUAACAAAAAAGAUUCGAAUGUAUCUAUUUGUCAUGCAAAUGCUUCAAAUGCCAUUGAUCGCGUUAGGUAGAUUGCCAGUGAUAAGAGAGAAGUGGUGGUUAGGGAACGCGUUCUUUUGGUUUUCACUAUUCGUGGGAUUGCCAAUGUUGGGAAUUUU